AUGGCAAAUCUUGGUGUUUUCCCAGGCCUGGGCCCAACCCGGGCCGACUUUGACAAUCCUACAGUCUUAGCCGCGGUCAACCCCGACCCAAUCGUGGGUUAUGCCAUGGUAUGCCCGAUUCCCGACAACAACCCUGGUUGGAAGCCGACUGCGUAUACAGCAGCUAUUGCUAGCGGCGCCAACAAGUACGAGAUCAAGGCUGCUGAUAUUACGGCUACUCCUCCCCCUAACCCAGCCGUGGUUCUGAACAAGGAGAACACUGAGGUGUGCUAA